AUGAGUAAGGAGGCAGAGAGCGAGGUGCAUUGCAAGAGCCUCCAUGUAGGUGAUUUUCCCAGUGUUUCUUCUGAAGCUGUCACUCCCAUUAGCACUUCCACCAGCAACGACGAGUCUUGCACAAGUAGUAGUAUUGGCAACGACAACGACAACGACAACGACAAUAAGAUGACGUCUGACAAAGACGAUAUGGAUGAUGACGAUACUGGCAAGAAGACAGACCGUACAAGUGUCGGUGACGACGAUGAUGACGAAGAGGAGGAGGACGAAGAAGAAAUUGAAAUGGAAGAAGUGUUUGAUGAAACGGAACGAGACGAGGAGGACUGGAUGACAGAAUCAGCUCCUGCUCGAAUGAGUCUCAACAAAAAUGGCGUCAGCGAAUUCACAAGAGAGAGAUUCCAAGAGCCAAAUGAGGAGGAAGUUGUAGACAACGCAACAGCCAAGGAAGAGAAAAAGGAACCCGAAAGAACGGAAACCACCGCAGUAGAAAGGGCUGACAAUACAAACAAACCACAAGCUCUUCCACCAUCAAAGGAACCACCCAAGAAGAAGGAGGAAGAUGAUGAGGAGGAAGAAGAGGAAAUUGUAGAAGAAGAAGAAGCGGUUGAAGAAGAGCAAAAAUCCAACGACAAUGGUCCCAUGUCCAUUUCCGAGCGUCGUGCUCAGAGACUGCAAAAUCGACAGCGAAAAAUGAGACCAAGUCCUCCACCAAGACGACGUGGAGCCUCUCCUUCCCCGACGCCACCACUACGAUCAGUUGGGACCGCACCGGCAGCCACAGUCAGCAGUACCAACCGCCGAACUGCCAUUAUGAACAUGCCACAUCCAGACAUUUCCAGUCGCAGUCUAAACCCCCAAAAUUCCAACCGAACCUUAGACAACAACAAUACUGCAGAAAACAACAAUUCAAAUACAAAUACCAAUUCAGAUCAACAAAUCGCACAAUUGAAUGCACAGCUCAUCCAGCACCAAGAACAAACCAUACAUGCCCUGCAGGAACUAUCGCAAACCAUCAAACAUUUAAUGGUCACACAAAUCAAACGAGACAAGGACUCCGAAGAUGACACCAAAGACAUGCUCAAUGUCGAUCGAGCCACUGUACGAUUGGAUGGACUCGAAGUCUAUGCCGUUGUUAGUGCCCUCACCGUAGCCACCGCCAUUGCCUGCUUUGAUAGCUACGGAACCGAUCUUACCACCAUUUUCACGCCAUCACAACUCAAUCGACACAAUGCACUUCCCCUCUUUUUGAAUACCGUCUUUUUGGCCGUAUCGGGAAUUGGGAUCAUUGCCGGAUUGCAUGCCACGCUGGUGUUUUCACUCAUGACCAUGUACGGACGAACCGCCGUUGGAGUCAGUCACGACGAAGCGUUUGUGGAAUUCUUUGUGCAAACGGGACGCGUCCGAUAUCGAGGAUUCCACACGUUCCGCAUGUCCCUUUACUGUUUCUUGAUUCAAGUCCUCUUUACCAUUACGUCCAAGUCAUCUCCCAUUCUACGACCGUUCGUCAUCAUCGUCAAUCUCGCCUGCAUCUAUUGGGUCUACGUCGAUACGCAAUCGGUCAUUGAUAAAGCCGGUGAUAUCUUGUUCAACUUUAAUGCACAACAACAACGACGAACAUCCGAUGCCGGGAAUCUGUCACUCCAGCGAACCUUAUCGGACAUGUCCGGCAAUGCCGGUGCGAAUAGAUCGCCGUCACGGCAGCAGCACAAUGAGAGUAGCGGGGAAUCCGAUUUGGAUGUUUCCACCAGCAUGAAACAUCAACAACAAAAAGAACAGCAACCCGUGCCAAAAGCCAGUGGCGGUGGUGCCAGUACAUUGCAAAAUAUGCGACAACGAGCUCGAGCCCGACCUUCGGCCAAAGCCGCCGCCACGGUCAAUGGUCGAUACAGUCGCAAAAAGGGUGUUGCAAGGUCCAAAUCGGGUGUUUUGGUCUACGACGUUGGACCCAGAGAUGCUAGACCGGUACGACGUGGAGGAAGACGACCCAGUCGGAAUAACUAG